AUGUACAGAUACAGUGACCAGGCCAACACGUAUGUGGACUUCAAGGGUUUCUACCGUGAGGCCGACAGCCCCGACGAGCUAGAGCCCCUAUACGCGACGUCGUUAAGCAGGCGAAGUGUCGGAUCAGUCGAGGAGGGGGGUGGCGGACCUCUCCACUCUCUACGGAUUCGAAGCGGGUCGCUCCCCAUCACCGGCCUGUCCAGGAUGGCACCGGACGCUCAAACGACGCUGUCGAACGGCAGUUCCGCUAUUUCUCUAUCGUCGCCAUCCCCCAUCAAACACAAGCCGCAAUAUUCGUCACAAGCGAAUGUCUCCUACGAGAGCGAGGGAGCCUGCGUCAGCUGUUGCGUGGCGUUCUUCUAUCUCAUUGGCAUGUUGCUCAUUGUCCUGGGAAUCGGAGCCACCGCGAUGAUCACGCAAUACCCCGAACACGUUCUCUACUUGGCUAUGGCUGGGGCGAGCGGAAUCAUUCUCGGUCUCGUAUUCGUAUCGCUGUCCGCGACGAUGUGCCGACCUAGGCGAAGAAGAGUUGUAGAUGCCAAGUCAGACGUGAACGGCAACGCGGGCAACCAGCAGAACGGCAAAACACGCGCCAUGAGCAAUGGUUUACCGUCCACGAACCGGUACGAGGUUCGGGCUGGAGGCAGCGCUGACGUUGUCGAUGACAACCUCGUACUCUCUUCCUCCCCUAAGAUCCAUCAGACGACUGCCGGAGUCUACCAUCACACGGACGGCAACGGCAGCGCUACGGGUAGGCUCAGCCAGUCGUCACAUCAGACGAACAAGCCGAUGGCGCCGAUUCAAAUGAAAUUCGCCGGAGGCGUCAAAGUCGGACCCCCGACCAUCAGUGACUACACGAUUUCUGCUCACCAUCCUUACGGAACUCUCCCUCCCGCCUAUAUGACCCUGAACAGUCACAUGAGCCACCACCAUCAUCACCAGUAUCCAGCCGAUAUUUCGGCUCACUCUCUGGUCAACAACUACGCAAUCGACACUGGAGCAGGUGUCAUAAUGAACGUGAUGGGACCGUCCCACCCUUCCGAGGAAGCUUUGAUACACAGUUCACUGAAGAACGGCCAUUCGACGGCGACACUACCGUUGCCCGCAAAGGUUCGCUCCUCUGUAAGCUACAACGACAUCCUCCUCGAAGAGCCAAGAAGGGUGGGAAUCCACAUCUUGCGACAGCGCGAGGCUUCAUCCAGCGAAGGUUUGGAUUCGAACGGAAGCGACGAAGCCGCGACCCCGAUGAACCACUGUCAUCUCGGAAAUCAAGGCCCGAUGGGAGCGAUGUCUCACCAGAUGGCCGGGCAUUCCCAGUCCCCAACUCCUCCGAGUGAUUGCAGCGGGGAGCAACAAGUGAAAGCAAUUGGCUCCGCUGGCCAUUACUCGCAAAAGGGUCGCAACUUGGCUCCUGUCCGGGAGGCACAGACUCACCACUCGACCUCGAGUGAUGACCGUAGCAGCCCUCGUAGUGACUAUUAUUCGAAGGAAAGUUCUAUUGCCUCAACGGAACGCCAGAUGGUUGUCCAGAGUUCUCAAAGUGCCGCCCAGCCACUGUCCAACAUUAACACGGUAGGACUCCCCCAGGCCAGUCCGCGAAAGAAACCCCCUGAGGUCGCGCCCAAGCCCUUCAUGAUCCCGAAUGUAGCGGGCAUGCGGCCAGUCCUCCCGCAGAUCGUUCAGCCAUCGUUCUAUUCUACGAUGACCCAUACCUACCAAAGUACCCAACAGGAUACUUCGUACGCAUCGAUCGACCAUGGGAUGGUCCACCCUGCCAAUGUCGUGGCCCUGAACCCCGAUGACGACCCCUCAAGGAACGACCUCCUCGAGACACAGAUUUGA